AACGCGCAAGGACGAUCACAUUAGGCGGCCAGCAUCUCGCUAGAUUUAUCAUAAUGUAUAAAUAGCAGGACGAUUUCAUAUCUGGCAUCAGUCGACCGUGUACGGUACGAAGUGAUCUUCCUUGUUCGGAUCCCAACACAGACCUCGUUCGCAAUGAAAUCGUUGGUGGUGUUGUUCGCUGUGGUCGCCGCUGUGACGGCGAAGCCCAGUUUGGUGUCUUACUCGGUGCCGGCGGCGGUGUCACACCAGUCGCGGGUGGACGUACGUUCUUCGCCCGCAGUGGUUGCUGCCGCGCCUGUGGUGGCAGCUGAGCAAGUGAUAGUGGAGCCUGCAGUGGUUGAAGCACGCGCCGUGUACGCCCCAGCUGCCACAACGUACGUCGGCGGCUCAGCUGUGUCGCACCAAUCUCGCGUUGACAUCGAGUCUUCUCCUGCCGUGGUGGCCGCCUCUCCUGUGCUGGAAGCUCGCUCCGUGUACGCUGCUCCCGUGGUGGAAGCUCGCUCCGUGUACGCUCCAGCUGUGUACGCAGCCGGUGCUGUGUCCCACCAGUCCCGUGUUGACGUGCGCUCGUCCCCCGCCGUGGUUGCCGCGUCUCCAGUGGUUGCUCCAGCCGUAGUCGCCCAGCCUGUGGUGGCUCGUUCCGUAUACCCUGCCGCUACCGUGUACAGUGGCGCGUCCGCGGUGUCUCACCAGUCUCGCGUGGAUGUCCAGUCGUCGCCAGCUGUGGUGUCAGAACAUGUGGUAGCUGCGCCGGCUGUUGUAGCGGCCCGAUCUCUUCUGGCUAAUUCUGUUUACGCCUGGUGAUUAUAGUGUUAAGGAUCCAAUAGGAAUUUAAAGAGACAUGUAAAUAUAUAUAUUAAAAAAAAUAAUAAU